AUGGCCCCCGAAGACAGGGAGGCGCUGCCCUUCGACCCGACGCUGGUGCACUGGGAGCACUACUUGAGGCACGCCAUCUACGGGCUGCGGCACUUCGUCCUCAAGGAAAAGCUAGAGCGGCCAGGCAAGCCGGGCGACUCAAACCUGAUCGCUAUUAAGAAGAAUUAUUUCGACGAUCUCUACUGGGCCUUCACGAACGGGGCGGACGUGAGUCCACCAGGCCGUCGCGAACUCACCCAGAAGGUGCUCAACUCGCGGGGCGUGCGACAGGCCAUCCGCCAGCUGCUCGAGGAGCGGCAGGCCAGGCUGAACCUGCCGCCCGCUAGCGAGGCCUCCGCCGAGCAAAGCCUGCUUCAGGCUGCAGAGCGGAUCUGCGAGGAGAUGUUCAGCCAGUACAACAUGACAGCCCUGCGGGUGUUCGCCUACAGUCUGAACAAGAUCUUCCGGCGGAUCUACGAGAUGGUGAACAUCAGCGUGGAGGCCUUCGCGGAGCUGAAGCGGCUGCAGGCGCGGGGCCCGCUGGUGCUGAUCCCGACGCACCGGUCCUACAUCGACUUCCUGAUAAUUUCGUUCAUCUUCUUCUGCCAGGGCAUCCGCUGCCCCUUCAUCGCGGCGGCAGAGGACUUCCUGGGCAUGCUGCUGGUGCACCACCUGCUCCGGGCCUCAGGUGCCUUCUUCAUCAAGCGCAAGGGCAUCGAGUUCCCCGCCCUCUACAAGGCCGUCCUGGCAGAGUACAUCACCUGCGUCCUGGCCAGCAACCAGAACCUGGAGUUCUUCAUCGAGGGCACUCGCAGCCGCACCGGGAAACUGCUGCCCCCCAAGUUCGGCAUCCUCAAGGUGGUCACCAGCGCGGUCGAGGCCGGCCUGCGCGUGCUGGAGGGCGAGACCUUUCCUUACGAGUUGCUGGGUGAGGAAAAGGUCAAGGAAUCCCUGUCCAGACUCAUCAAAGCCUCUGAAGUGGUGCUUGACAACUACGGACGCAUCUUCAUCGAGGUCUGCCCUCCCAUUAGCUGCAAGGAGUUCCAGGCGCAGCACGGCCCCCGCGCCCUGCAGCGGCUCGGCUGGGAGAUCGUGUAUCGGAUGUCCGAGCAGACGGUCGUCAUGACCACGGCUCUGGUCAGCACAGUCAUCCUGACUGCGCGAAGAGGCAUGCGCGAAGAGGAGCUCAACCAGGCGGUGGUCUGGCUUUCGGGACUGGUGGAGAAGAAGGGGUACAAGCUGGGAGGCGGGUACGAGCACACGCCCUCAGUGGCAGUCAGCGACGCCCUCAAGUUCCUGAGCGGGUACGUGGACCGUACUCGGCGCAACGUCUUCGAGGUUAACAUUCAGGCAAAGGACAUCGAGGCCAAGAGUCUGCUUAUGCUGGCCUACUACAGGAACACCAUCACCCACAUUUUCUACAACGACGCGGUGCUCGCAGUGGCCCUGGCGAGCUUUGGCCGCGAACAGGCCCGCGCUGGUGUCGGGGAGGAGGCCCUCACUGAGCGAGCACUUUGGCUGGCCGACUUGCUGCGGGAGGAGUACGUGCUGCGGACUCUGCUCUCGAGGGAGACCGUGCAAGCAGUGAUCGAGGGCAUGGCGGGACAGAAAAUCCUUGAGGCGGAGCAGGGCAAGGUGCGGGCAGGCCUAUUCCUGGACCGGAUCUGCCAGUUUGUGUGGCCGAUCGUGGAGGGCUACUGGCUGGCCUUCCUGUACCUCUAG